CUUCCCACGCAACUUCGCUUACUUCCCCCUUUAUAUAUCCCACACACUUUCUUCUCCACACUCAUUCACUCACAAAAUCUUCUCUACCUACAACAUAUUCAGAAUUCAUUCAAAAUCAAGAUUCAAUCACAUAAUAAUAUUGCUAUGGCACUUGAAGCUUUGAAUUCUCCAACUACAACAACUCCACCAACUUUCCAAUUCGAGAACAACGGCCAACUUCGAUACCUUGAAAAUUGGACUAAAGGUAAAAGAUCAAAAAGGCCUCGUAGUAUGGACCAACAGGCUACUGAAGAAGAGUAUUUGGCUCUUUGUUUGAUUAUGCUAGCGCGUAGCGACGGUUCUUCUAAUCAGGAACAGUCUCUACCACCACCUCCAGCACCAGUGAUGAAAAUACACGCGCUGCCGGAGGAGAAGAUGGUGUACAAGUGUUCAGUUUGUGGUAAGGGUUUUGGAUCUUAUCAAGCUUUAGGAGGACACAAAGCUAGUCACCGGAAGCUCGUCGCCGGCGGCGGAGGAGGAGAUGACCAGUCCACUACCUCCACUACCACUAACGCGACAGGAACUACUAGCUCUGUUAACGGAACCGGAAAGACUCACGAGUGUUCAAUUUGCCACAAAUGUUUUCCUACUGGACAGGCUUUGGGCGGACACAAAAGGUGUCACUACGACGGCGGUAACAGUAACGGUAGCGUUAGCGUUGGGGUGACGUCAUCAGAGGGUGUAGGGUCCACUGUGAGUCACCGUGAUUUUGACUUGAACAUUCCGGCGUUGCCGGAAUUCUGGCCGGGAUUUGGUUCCGGCGAGGAUGAAGUGGAGAGUCCUCAUCCGGCGAAGAAAUCGCGGCUAUCUCUGCCUCCAAAAUUUGAAUUAUUCCGGGAAUAGUAAGACUUUUGAUUUGGUUACUUGAAGAUUACUUCUAGGAGUCAGGAAUUUUGUAGACAAUUAUUACUAUUUUUCUUUAGAUUCUUUCUUUUCUUAUUGGGUGGGUGAAAUUUUUUACUUGUUGUCUGUAAAUAGACCUAGUUACAGCGAAUAUUCAAUUGAUUGAUUUAAUUUUUGGUGGAAUUGCUUUGGCCGCGCUAUUUUUCUUUU